AGCUGCUCUCGCUGUAGAAGGGGGAAGGGGAGCCGAGAUUGGAGGGAGACGAGAGAGAGUCUGUUCGCAGGUGCUCGUGCUCAUCGGCUGCUGUCUUUGUUCCUGAGGUGCAGAAGUGAGGCAGUGAGGAACUCCCAUCCUGCUCAAGUCUCGAGUUUGAUCGCUGGUGCCAAGUACGACUUGGCACAGCUUGGCGCCGACUUGCCAUUUAGCUUCUCUUGUGCCAAAUAUCUGCUCUCUGUGAUUUCUGGUGCUGGGGCGGCAAGUGUACCAGCACGGGAAAUGCUUUUCUACCUGCCGCCGUCUGAUUGGCUUGUUCGGCCACAGUGAAGAAGCCCAUAACCUUCGUCCAUCAGCUGUGCAUCAUUGCCUCUGGUAAGCCGAGGCAGGGCUUGGCGAAAAGGACCGAUCCCGGAUCCCAGAACUGAGUCUCAGCUUCAACCGGUGGCAGUCCAGCCUCUCCUGAGAGCCAUUUGAAUGACCGCGCUGGAUGAAGAUAUCAUGAAGGUAUCCAGUCGAAGCACCAUGCGUGUUAAAUGGGGAAUGGUUACUGGUGGCUCAGGCUGCAGCAUGUCCGCACACUAGCAGGACACUGGGACACUCGUCAGGACUCAGGCCAUGGAAGGGGACGUCGCAGUUGUAGUCUACUCAGAGGACUCGAAAGGUUUUCAGCAGGAAUGUCAGCAGACAGAGGAUCUGACCAACGGACACUCCAAACACACACCUGUGCUGAAUGGACUGCCUCCAGGUAACGGCAUCAAGGAGAACGGCAGCGUCAAUGGCAGCUCUUAUCUCAAAUCCGUCCCGAUCUCAGCUCUGAAGCAGAACGGCAUCCUGCAGUCUCUGGCAGCAGGUGGAGAUCAGACUAAAGCAGAAGAGGUGAACUCGGAGCUGGAGCGCGCGCAGCAGGAGUGGGACGCCCUGGAGAGCAUCCAACCAGUUCUGGUGGAAGAUCUCACUCCCUCCGCUCUGAUCUCCUUCAACGAGGCUCUGCAGCACUUUCAGACCACAGACCUCGGCGACCUGCUGAGAAACAUUCAGCCAACCAUUCGCAGAACGGGAUUGGCUGCCAUCACUCACUUCCUGUUUGGCCCUCCGCGGCUGCAUAAAGAGCUGGUGGAGGAGAGGGACCUGGUGUUCGCCAUCGCUCAGUGUUCUCUGGAUAACAGUCAGCCGGUGCACAUGCGUGUGCUCCAGACCAUCUACAGGAAACUCACCUGCACCCGGACAGACUGUCCCCGCUACGGUCCGCACUGGGAGAACGUCGGCUUCCAGGGUACAGAUCCUGCUACUGAUCUGAGAGGGACGGGGUUCUUGGGCCUGAUGCACGCUCUCUACCUGGUUAUGGAUCCAGAGACUCUACCGCUCGCCAGAGACAUCUACAAACUCUCUCAGCAUCCAGUGCAGAAUUUUCCGUUCUGUGUGAUGUCCAUCAAUAUGACCCGCAUCGCCCUGCAUGCACUCAGGGAGGAGGUUCUGUCAAAGGAGUGUAACCGCCGGCAGCAGGUGGUGGGGGUACUGAAUGAUUUUUACGUAGCAACGUUCCUGCAUCUCUACCAGCUGUGGAAGAGCCAGAAGAAAACCAUCUCGGACUCCGGCUACGUGCUCAAAGAAGUGGAGCUCUAUGCCAAAAAGAACCCCAAGCAGAUCCUGAGACGCCUCGAGUCGUUCCUACAGGAACGGCGUGCAGGGAUUGGCCACCGGACGUCACCUGACACACUGUCGCAUAGCAACCCGUCUCCGGGCGACAGGGAGUCCCGAGUGAGCAGCCAGGGGGGGAAGGAGGGGAAAGAAAUGAACUUUACUGGAGUGUGUGAACUUCCUCCAGAGAUGGAGGGAGAGGCCAGACUUAUCUGAGAGAGAGAGAGAGAGAAAGAGAGGCAGAGAGACACAGAGAGAGGCAGAGAGAGGUAGUUUAGCCAGUAACAUUUACCCCGUUAGCACGAAUGUAGUGUGGCUGAUGGUCUAUGAAGUUUCACAUUAGAGCUGUGCGGCUAAUGUAGAUAACUGGCAGCAUCCAAACUGCUUAAAUUACCAUGUGUCCAUAUUUGAGUCCUUGUUUAUAGAUAACAGUGCCACACAAUCAAGUCUGUUAGUGAUACUGAGUGGCUCCUCAUGGUUUCAAGCAAGUAUGUUAUAAUUAAGACACGAUGCUCGUUGCUAAUUGGUGGGCAUUAGCUUCUUGUACUUGUUAGCCACUUUAGCCUUGUAGCUCCAGUAAAACUAAAGAAGGAAACUUUCUUGGCUGAUCAGCUACGUUUGGGUAAAAGGAUGUAAAUUAGAUUUUUAGCCAAACUGUUGCUUUAAUAAGCCUUUCCCAAAACUUAGACCAGGAAAAAAACACUAAAAUACUUCAGGAACAGACAGAAUGUGUGAUUUCUACAGUCUGACUGUCUCUCUCUCUCUCUCUUCACUCCUUCAUUUCCCACUUCAGACAGGAAGACACGCGUGAAGCUCCAGCUGUAGUAUUAGAAACCCUGACAACUGUCUGUGAUCAGUUUACCGAGGUACCCAACGGCUUCUAUACGCUCUCUUUGAAAAAGGCCAGUCUUUGUAGUUGCCAAAUGUUUGAGUUCGUUUCGUAAUCUCUGAGAUUGUAACAGCGGUCACUUUAUGUUAGUGGGCUGAACUGAGGUCAAAAUAGGAGGAAAGCUUGUUGGACAGAACGUGGGAUUUGUAGCUUUGGCACCAGGAGUGACGAGCACCUUGCCCUUGAAUAUAAAUAGAUAGUAAUGAUGAUGGUGAUGACGAAGGAAUGUCUGCAGGUCAUGGUGACUCCUUGGUUUAACCCGUUGAUACUUUAUCUGAAAAUUUAGACAUUUUUCAAAUACUGACUGUGCGAAAGUUUUAGGCGUCUCAGUAAGAUUUUAAAAGCUGGUUAUCUGGGCGGUACGAGUUUAUCUGCUCAGAAAAGCACUAAUAUUACAAUAAAUAUGAACAAUGUAAAUACAAUAUGUCGUUAUUUCAUGUAUGUGAGUGCGUUUGUUGUUUAAUCAUUUCCAAACUCGUCCUCGAGGCGCUGUUAUUAGUGGUUUAGUGGUUAAUCAGUACUUCAUUAUGUUAUUAUGGAAGUUAUGGAAUUUAAUAAUUCCAUGUGAUGGCUGGAGGCGCCCAGAAGAAAUCUGCAAUCUUUCUUCUUCAAACUAGCUCACAGGAUAUCAACUCCUUUUUGAAAACAAGACAUUGUCUUUACUUUUUACUGUAUUUAUGUUUGUUUGCAUUUAUUGUAAUGAUAUAUGGUGAUUCGUACAAGUAAAAAACACACGUAUUGCCAAGAUAAAAGGUUUUAAAAAAUGCUUGGGCCCCUAAAGCUUUUGCACAGCUCUGUAUAUCAAACCACGAGGCCAGAAAGUGAGUCUAUCACUUAACACAGUCCUUUGGUCUCAUAACAGCACUAAUUCUUUACAAUACAUAAGAAUUUCCAGGUUUGACUGUUGGUGAAAGUAUUAAAAUGUAAACAGGACCUGUUAGAUGAUCAUCCAGGGUGUAACUGUACACAUUCGAUGGCGUUUUUUCCUCUUGUUAAGUUUAGUUGGUGGUCAUGAGUGGGUUAAUGUGAAUUAGCCUGUUGUGUGAGUGAGUGUGAAUACAGAUGCAGCCGUAUGCAAAAGUUUGAGGCCAACUACAAUCAGGUUUUGUUUUCUAUGUGUAAAUAAGUGAACACGUCCUCUACAGAGACACACUUCUGCACAUUUUAGUGCACAAUCACUGUUUAUUUGCUGAAUUUAACACACUUAAGACCUAAAAUGUGUCACAAAAAUGUGCUAUAAAAAGUUAUAGCAUGUUUAGUGUGUUUUAUUUUUCUCCCAACGUGUUAAAUUCAGAAAAUAGAAAUAGAAAAUGUGCAGGAAAUUUCCAUAUUUGGGUUAGACCAUCGACCCUCCUUCUGGAGAUCCUGCAGAGUUUGGUUCCAACCUGCAUCUGGUCCAGCCGAUCAGGGACUUCUGAAGAGGUUAACUAGCUGGUCCGGUUGUGGUUGGAGCUGCAGUCCGCAGGAUGGUGGGGUUGGUGACCACAGCCGUAGAGAAUUUGGACUUAUUUUCACCUAGAAAAUCUCAAAACAUAUAAUUUGAUGAACCAGGAUGGUUCAGACCUUUGCGUACGGCUGUACGAAAGCGUUUGUAGUCUUUGUAGUGUUUGAGUGGGAACGCUGGAACUCUGUCGGUGUAGACUUGGCUGUGUGUGCUCGCUUGACUCGACACCGUUUAGAUAAGCUACAGGAGUCCAAAACAGGAAAUAAUCUUCCUCAUCCGGACUCAUUUGGUCCUUUCCGUAGGGCAGCUGUGCCAGAUAAGACGAAAUAACUCGGAGGCAUUUUGAUUAGGGGGUUUCUUUUCAUGUCGUUUAGUUUACCAAAGAAUCUCUUGACUUUAAAAGGAGAUGAGAACGUUGGUAGGCGUGGCCAGGUGUGAGCGAGCUCAGUUUGGGACCGUUUUAAUCCCCCAGGCUGACGACCGUUACCGCUGCUGCUUCUGUUUAGUGCUGAUAUCGUUCCCAGUUGUCCAGCAUCUGUUUAGGGUUAGCGUCCUAAUUAGGGGCUGCACGAUAUGAACUAAAUACCAUAUUGUGAUAAAAUUGCCACAUAUUACAGUUGCAAAAAAUAACGAAUAGCAUUAUUUUGUUCAAAAUGAUUUACAUUUAUUGAGUUUAUUAAACACCCACAGAACAUCAUCUGCAACUGUGAUUGGUCAGGAUGCUUACAGCACCCGGUAUA